CAUAAACCACUCAACCAAGGUUUUACUGAAGAAGAAACCCCUUUUGAAGUCCUAAUUUCCAUGUCUCCACAGCAAAUAUGCCUGCUAGCCCUUGCCUUACCUUUGCUUCUCCUCAUAUUGAGGCUCAUCAGAAGGCAACAGGGAUGGAGGGCUAACCUCCCUCCUGGUCCCUUGAAUUUGCCCAUUAUCGGAAGCUUACACCGCCUUGGCAGUGCGCCACACUUGUCGCUCGCCGAGCUUGCCCGUCAACAUGGCCCCAUCGUUUACGUCCGCCUCGGUGAGCUCCCAACUUGCGUGUUAUCGUCCGCUGAGAUGGCAAAAGAGGCACUCAAGACGCAUGAUGCCGCUCUCGCGAGCCGACCGACACUCUGUGCAGCACAGCAACUGUUCUAUGGGUCCACUGACAUUGCAUUCGCGCCCUAUGGCCCUUAUUGGAGGCAGGUGAGAAAGAUAUGCAUCCUGGAGCUAUUCAGCACAAAGAGGGUGCAAUCCUUCAGAUCCAUGAGAGAACAAGAAGCAGCACAUUUGGUGAGCUCAAUACGUUCAUCAUGCAGGGUUGGUGAAGUCGACCUCACCGAACUUCUAGGCCCUUUCGCUAAUGGCUUACUGUGCCGUGUUGCAUUAGGGAAGAACUACUGCGAAGGUGGGGAGUAUGAGAGGGAGUUCAAGCGGAUGUUAGAAGAGUACCAAGUAUUGUUAGGAGGUUUUAGUUUGGGAGAUUUUUUCCCUUCUUUAGAAGGAUGGUUGAAUUUGAUCACGGGAAUGGCAUCGAGGAUGAAGAAGACUUUCGAGGAUUUUGAUCGAUUUUUUGAUCGAGUGAUUGAGGAUCACCGCAGGAAAUCGAAGGUUCCUGGUGGUGAGAACCAUGUGAAGGACCUCGUUGAUGUGCUCUUGGAGAUUCAAAGUGAUGGGCUUGAGCAGAUUCCUCUUACCAUGGACAACAUCAAAGCUAUCAUAUUGGACAUGUUUGCCGCCGGUACAGACACAACAUUCAUAACCCUCGACUGGGGCAUGACAGAGCUCAUUAGGAAUCCAAGGGUAAUGAAGAAAGCCCAAGACCACAUUAGGAGCAAAAUUGGACAUAAAGAACAAAUCGAGGAGAGCGAUUUGCAAGAACUAGAUUACUUAAGUGCUGUAGUAAAAGAGAUCUUUCGGUUACACCCAGCUGCCCCGGUGUUGAUUCCUCAUUUAUCCAUGGAAGAUGUGAAGAUAGGUGAGUACAAUAUUCCAGCAAAAACCCGAUUCUUUGUCAAUGUCUGGGCAAUUGGAAGAAAUCCCAAAUCUUGGGAUAACCCUGAAGAGUUUUGCCCUGAGCGAUUUAUGAAUAGUUUGAUUGAUUUUAAGGGCCAAGACUUUGAGUUGUUACCAUUUGGUGCUGGUCGUCGGAGUUGUCCUGCCAUUACAUUUGGGGCAGCCACAGUGGAGCUUGCCCUUGCUAAUCUCCUCUACCACUUCAACUGGGAGCUACCCCCCGGGGUGAGACCAGAAGAAUUCGACUUGACGGAAGUAUUUGGUAUAACAAUGCAUAGGAAAGAACACUUAGUUGUCGUUGCCAAACCAUAUAACUGAUCGAUGAGCAUAACUUCUGUUUCAGUUGUGAUGUGGCUAUCUAAGUUUUAUUGAUGGUCAGGGGGUAACAAGUGCAAAUUGUGCGGACCAUACUACAAUCCAUUUGCUGGCGAAGGAUAAUUAGGAGCAGAGUCAUAUUCGUUGGAGCAUGUUGUUAGAGGUUAGGUAAAGGAACAUAGUUCCUUUCAGAUUUCCCGUUGGAAUUCUGUAAACUUUUCAUGCUUGGGUAUCUUGGAAUUCAUGUGUGAUAUAAUGUUCAAAUAGCUAUAUGUGCUGUUAUUUAAGUGUACAGUACCUAGCUCCAUGGAAGACUUCAAACUCCAAUAUGUUAUGGCUUUUGUGUAAUUUUUACACUCCCAUAUAUAAAAGAACCCCUUUCAAGAUUUCCUUUUUAA